AUGUCGUCCGUGUCAGAUAUUUUCCGAGUCAUCGAACACGCAGUACCAUCUCAUCGCCAAAACGAGGCCCUGGUUUUGUCCGUCAAACAGUAUAUUCCAUUGGAUAACCCCAACCCUCGUUCCGACGAUGUCAUCAUUAUCGGAGCCCCCGGAAAUGGGCACGUAAAGGAGCUUUAUGAACCCCUUUGGGAAGAACUGUACCUUCGCUCGAAGACAGCCGGUUUUCGGAUCCGCAGCAUUUGGAUCGCCGAUGGGACACAUCAGGGCAAGAGUGGUAUCCUCAACAAGGGUCGUCUUCAGGACAACCUCGACUGGCUGGUUCAUUCCCAUGAUCUGCUCCACCUCAUCGACCUUAAACAUGCCGGCAUGCCCGGUCCGAUAGUGGGGAUCGGACAUAGCAUGGGAGGCACCCAGCUUGCAUACCUAUCCAUUCUGCAGCCUCACCUCCUAUUUUCUCUUAUCCUCAUCGAGCCAGGUAUCGAUGAGCUCUCCCCCACCUCCGUUGUGCAACAGGGAAUCACCCGCUGCGCACAACUCUCGCUCAACUCUCCAGAUACAUGGCCUUCCAUUCAAGCCGCACAAAGAUUCACCACGCGGAAUCCCCUCUUCCAAACGUGGGACCCCCGUGUCGUGAGACGCUGGCUGCAAUACGGCCUACGCGAGGUAUCACCAACCGGAACAGGGACUACACCUUCAUCUCGACGCCACAAUCAAGACAGCAUCAUCCCGGUAACACUGACGACACCACGUCAUCAGGAAAUGCUCGUCUACAAGCGCCCAACUAAACCUGCGGGCUCUAACCCUCUCCCUCCUAGCAACAAGCUCUCCCCAUAUUACCGCCCCGAGGUGCACCGCGUCCUCGCCCGUCUGCCCCACCUCCGGCCCAGCACGCUCUACCUCAUUGGAGGCCAGUCCCCCUUGUGUUCGCCGCAUCUACGGGGGCUUAGAUUGCGCUGUACGGGGACCGGCGUUGGCGGCAGCGGGGGGCUGCUUGCGGACGGGUUCGAGAGAUACAUGUCCCCGGGCGUGGGCACUCACUGA